UCUGUCCUGUCAUAUGAGGCUCGGUCUCAGGCUCUGGGGUCUGGCUGGGCCAGGGAGGGUGGUUGUCUGCGACCCGCCUGGCCUCACCAGCUUGUCCCUCACCUGUUUGUCCCUCACCUGUUUGUCUGUCACCUAUUUGUCCCUCCAGGAUCGACGAGUCAAGGAUGCCUGUGCUGGAGACCCCAGCCGCUACUACGACGAGGCUUCCGGGAGGUGCUGUUACCGCUGCCCCGAGGGACUGUCCCCAACGCAGCCGUGUCCGCAGGGGUCUGUUGACUGCAGGAAGCAGUGUGAGCCCGACUACUACCUGGACGGGGCCGGCCGCUGCACGGCCUGCGUGACCUGCUCCCGGGCCGAACUCGUGGAGAAGAGGCCGUGCGCAUGGAACUCCUCCCGCGUCUGCGAAUGUAAGCCUGGCAUGUUCUGCGUCACGUCAGCCACCAACUCCUGUGCCCGCUGCUUCCACCACUCGGUCUGCCCAAGAGGGCAGAUCGUCAAGUUCCCGGGCACAGCGGAGAAGGACACCGUCUGUGAGCUGCCUUCCCCAGGGACCAGCCCUGCCUGCUCCAGCCCGGAGGACUGCAAGGAGCCCACCAGCAGCAGCAUCCUGCAGGCCGAGCCUACCCCGACGACCCCGGCAGCCUCCAACGCCAGGACCACACUUCUUAGAGGGGGCACCUCCCUUGCCCCAGAAGACGCUUCCAAACUGGCAAGGGCUCCCAGCUCCCCCUCCUCUGCGGGGAAGCCUAGUUCCGGUCCAGGACCGUCCCCGCCGCAGCCGUGCCCGCAGGGCUCCGCCGACUGCAGGAAGCUGUGCGAGCCCGACUACUACCUGGACGGGGCCGGCCGCUGCACGGCCUGCGUGACCUGCUCCCGGGAUGACCUUGUGGAGAAGACGCCGUGCUCCUGGAACUCCUCCCGCGUCUGCGAGUGUCGGCCCGGCAUGCUCUGCGCCACGUCAGCCACCAACUCCUGUGCCCGCUGCGUCGCCCGCCCCGCCUGCCCGCCCGGGAUGGCCGAGGAGCCCCGGGGUAUGGCUGUGAGGGACGCCACCUUGGAGCCGCCUCUACCAGGGACCCACCCUGACUGCAGCACCACCCCAGGGAGCAGCCAGGCGCCUGCCAGCUCCCCCGCCACCCUGAGCUCCCAGAGCUCCCUGCUGGACUCCCAGACCAGCAAGACGCUGCCCAUCCCGACCGGCUCCCUCUCCUCCACGGGGAAGCCCAUUCUGGACCCAGGACCAGUGCUUUGGGUGACCGUGGUGCUGGCGGUGGUGGUUGGCUCUAGCAUCUUCCUCCUGUGCCGCUGGAGGGCCUGCAGGAAGCAGAUUCGGCAGAAGCUCCACCUGUGCUACCCAGUCCAGACCUUCCGGCCCAAGCUGGAGUCCGUGGAUUCCAGACCCAGGAGGAGCCCAGCGCAGCCGAGGAGGGACGUGUUGGUGACACGGCCGGAGUUAACAAGCCCCGCCCGUGGAGACCUGCCGCGGCGUGGGGACAGCCUGCUGCUAGACAAGUCUGCCCGCUGUGGAUGCCAGCCCGCCCGGGGGCUCCUCGUCCCCCAGGACCUGCCUGAACCCCGGGUGUCCACGGAGCACACCAACAACAGGAUCGAGAAAAUCUACAUCAUGAAGGCCGACACCGUGAUCGUGGGGACCGUGAAGGCUGAGCUGCCCGAGGGCCAGGCCCUGGCGGGGCCGGCAGGGCCCGAGCUUGAGGAAGAACUGGAAGUGGACCACGUCCCCCACUACCCGGAGCAGGAGACGGAGCCGCCUCUGGGCAGCUGCGGGGACGUCAUGUUCUCAGUGGAGGAGGAAGGGAAGGAGGACCCCCCGCCCGUGGCUGCCUCUGGGAAGUGAGGCCUGGCCUGGCUGGGGCGGGGAGGCAGUGGGGCGUCCUUCGGAAGGCCAGGGUGGCGGCACCGGUGUCGCCGAGCUUGAGGGCAGACACCUGCCUGAACCGACGCAGGGGUUCUGUGGUCUCUGCCUGCCUCCCCCGCUUAGCUGCCCCUGACCCAGACCCAGGGCAUCCAGGGCUCGUACAGAAGAGACAGUCCACAGGACCGCAGCCAAGUGGUGAUGUUGGCUGGGGCAGCAGGCAGACAGCAGGGACGGGGCACUGCUAAGAACAGCACUGGCCCCAGAGCCCUGGGCAUCAGCCACUGGCCACCAGGCCCAGGGCCCACUGAGGGGGAGAGGCUGCCAGGCUGGCUCCAGGCCCCCGACUGUACCCCUACUCCCUUCUCUCCCUGAGCCCCACAGGUGAUGCCCAGCAGGCCCUGUUGGCAUGCCACCAGCCCCUAGUUACUGUCGAUGUGGCCCCAGUGGGCACGGAGCCAUGGACUGGUGGUUUCUUCUGAGUCAGAAGGGAACUUGAGGGGGCAGCAUCGGCUGGCACAAUCCCAGCCGUGGCUGCCACGUGGCACCCUGUGCAGGGGGAGGCCCGGCCUGGCCCAAGCCUUGCCUGGGCUGAGCAAGACCCUCCUGGCGCUGCCCCCUUCCCUGUUCCAUAGCCCCCACAGGGCCCAGGACCAAUGCGCUCGUCUCAGAAUGUCCCCACGAGGCCUCUUGGGGCCCAGAUGUGUGCAGCCCCCCAGCAGCUGCAGUGCUCCCGCCCGGCCAGGGACUCCCUCCCCACACGGAGACGGGCCCUGGGGCCCUGCCUGGGGUCUUUGACUGCCCCGUGGCACCACCUGCUCUGUCUCCUAAAUGGAAGAAGCACCUACCCUGGAUCCGGCCUGGGUCCUGCGGCUCUGUGCCCACCGGGAGUGGCUGUCAGGAAGCCCCAGGUCCCCCCUAGACCCCUCCCUUAUUCUGGACUGCGGUAGACAAAAGAGUGCUGGGGCUCAGUCUGGAUUUCAGGAGCUUUGCGUUUCACACUAAGGAGUGAAGCUGCGCUGACAUCCAGUCCGCUGGCCCCUCCCCGGGGGCCUUCAGCUGCAUAAACAAACAAGUGGGGAUGACACAUCCGCCGCAGCCUGGAGACUCCUGGACUUACCGUCUGGAGCCAGCGGGAAAGCUGCUGUUUACUCCAGAGCCGAGAGCUCUAGAGGAAGUUGGGGCCGGUCAGGAAUCACGAGGGCAGUUUCUGAAAGUGCGAAGGUGUUUUGGGGAAAGUUCGAGAGGCCGGGGCAUUACGAGAGGCGGUUACAGCAGAGCCUGGACGUUGGCCAGAGGAAGUUUAAGUGCGACGGGUGCCAUUUGCCAAGAGCCUCGUGCCCCCCAGAGCCUUGGCCAUGUGGUGUGCGGGGCGCCACACGCCUGCCCGGCCGGCCGGCCAGCACCCUGGACUCUGGAUAUUGACACCUUUUAACAAAAUACUGCACUCCCUCGCCCAGUGGCCCUCACACAACUUUUGAUCCUCUAAAAAUCCUUAAUAGCCCAUAAAAAUGAAAAAUCGUAAGGCCGAGGGAGCUGUCACUGAAGCAGAGUAUGUUAGAACAUCUGAGCAGGGGGUGGGGGGAGCCUCUCCCCGGUAGGCAGAGGGGAGAGGGGUCUGCAGCUGCCGCCACACCCCGGACACCCGGGCCGCCAGUCUGGACGGAUCGGCCGCUUCUGGGGACCGGAGCCUGCUACCCGCAGCCCCUCCCGCUGCUGCAAAGGGGAAUUCUCCCUCCUUGUCACUGCGCUCCAGGUCCAAGGCCUGCCCCUGGGGGUGCUCAGAAUAAAGCCACUGUUGUCACAA